AAUUUGCUAAUUUGAUGACGGAAAUUUACUUUACCACCGUUAAAGACAAAAAAAUAAACGUCCAAAAAUAAACAAGUUAUAACCGUUCAAUAAUCAUGGAAUUAUUAGAUCUCCCCGACUCGUUGGUGCUUGAGAUAUUAUCAUACCUGCCUAUAAAAGAUUUAUGUGUCCUUAGCAGGACAUGCCAGCGAUGCAACAAGAUUGCCCGUGACAAGUCCUUGUGGCGUGACAUUGACAUCACUGACAAAAGAAUCAGUUUGAAGAAAGCCUGGAAGUUUUAUAGGUCCAGAUUGUCUGACUGCUUACAAAAAAUAAGAAUGGCAGGCUUUUAUACUCAAUCAGGGGCUAUCAAUCAGAAGAAGCCUGUGAUGUCAGACGCGCUGCUGGAAGACAUUCGCACCAACUGCCCAAACCUUGAGGACAUGAUGCUGCAAACCUUCUACCUGAGCAACAUCUCAAGCAGCAAACUGCCCUCCUCAUUGCAAUACUUCACUGUCGAAAGCUGCCAGUGGCCCAUGGGCUGGCUGAAAGGCUCAUAUCUACCAAACCUCAAAUGUCUGCAAAUUAAAUCAUGUAGUAGGGUUGACGAUCAGGAGCUUAAAGAUGUUGUCAAGCUCACCACUUUAAAGACACUGCAUUUAGGCAAUUUGUAUAGAAUAAAGAAUAAUGGAGUGAAGGUCAUUACAGAGAAUCUAACACAACUGGAGCAGUUUGAGCUGGAAUCAUUGAACAUUGACGAUCUAGCCGUUCACCACAUCUGCCGAAAUAUGCAGAAUUUGGACGCUCUUUUACUGUCUAAAUGUAACAUUACAAAUGCAGCUGUUGACAAUGUGUUUGUCUCCUUGCCAAAGUUAAAGCACUUGGAUAUUAGCAGUAACAAGAAACUGGAUCAACAGAUUUUGACAAUGUCUUUAAAGUCGAAAUCUCUCGUCACCUUGAAGUUUUCACUUGAUCCCAAUACAAUUAACUCUGAUGCAUUGGAUAAAAUUUCAAUUCAGUUCCCUAGAAGAGAAUGUCUGAAUGUGUAUAAACCUGAGGGAGAUGUUAUUUCCUGUGGUGGUGAUACUACAUGUAUAGGUGAUGCUCGAUAGUUCAUACUAGUCAAUAUUUCACACAUACAUCUAUAUGCAUUUAUUCUGAGGAGAAUUAAGCAUUCAAUGAGCAGUGUGCGCCGUACACUAUCUAGAUUGUACACCUAGCUGUUCACUCAUACACAUUGUACACAUGAGACAAUGUAACACAAUACCCUAUGAAAAAACUGUUGUCGGAAAACAAGAACAUAAUUGUUUUUUAGGUAUUUGGGCUAGAUAAGAAUUGAUAACCAUUAUACAGUUGAACAAUGUACAUGUAUGUACAACAUUUAAUACAUUUGUGCCAUGAACUUCAUGAUAUUAAUUUUAAGCUUAUUUGUGAUGUUCUGGUUUUGGACUACUUUGUUAUAUUGUACAUAUUAUACAUACAUAUUGUACAUAUAUACCUUUUUACAAAAUAUUAUUUACAUUUAGACUAUUAUUUUAUUACAAAUGCAAUGAUACUUACAUAAAAUAAAAUGCAGAACUUAAAUUGA